UAGCAGGGGGUUUGUGAGGUACGGCUGUAUUCCUCAGGGGCUGACGGGCCGCAGCGGCGGACCCGGAGCUCUGGCGGCAACACGGAGGCCCAGGCUGCGUCCGAGGGCUCGGGGCCGGGCGCCGCUGGUCCCGAGUCGGCCCCUCCGGUGACAGUGCUGGUGAUGCGGCAGGACGAGGCCGCGGCGGACGGCGCUCCAAGGCCCGGCCCGGCGGGGAGCGAGGCGGCGGCAGCGGCGGACGCCGAGGACGAGGCAGGGGACGACGACGCCGACCUGCUGGACACAUCGGACCCCGCGGGCGGCGGCGAGAGUGCGGCCAGCCCCGAGGAGCUGGAGGACGAGGGUGCGGAGGGCGGCGGCGGCGGGACGCGCAGGCGGGGCGCCAAGACCUGCACCUACCAGGGCUGCCGCGAAACCACCAGCCAGGUGGCCAAGCAGCGCAAGCCCUGGAUGUGCAAGAAGCACCGCAACAAGAUGUACAAGGACAAGUACAAGAAGAAGAAGAGCGACCAGGCCCUGGGCUCUGGCGGCGCCUCGGCGGCCAGCACGGGCAACGUCAAGCUGGAGGUAUGCGCCUCGGGCCCCGGGCCAGGGCAGGAAAGUACAGACAACAUACUCUCCAUUGUCAAGCAAAGAACAGGAUCUUUUGGGGAUCGCCCUGCAAGGCCUACUCUUUUAGAACAAGUGUUAAAUCAGAAAAGACUGUCAUUACUAAGAAGUCCAGAAGUUGUCCAGUUUCUACAGAAACAGCAGCAGCUAUUAAAUCAGCAGGUUUUGGAACAAAGACAGCAGCAGUUUCCAGGAGCACCAGUAUGAGGGCCCAGCACCUCUGACUUAUUUUACUCUAAGGGAUGAAUGGACUUUGACACUAAUGGUGAUGCCCUGAUAACCAGGCACUGGUGGUGCACACCUGGCAUCCCUGCACUUGGGAGGCUGAGCCAAGAGGAUUCCGAGUUCAAGCCAGCCUGGGCUACAAAGCAAGCUUCUGUCUCAAAAAAAGAGGCAGAGAGGGGCUGUUAAAAGUAUUUUCCUAUAAAUGUGCGUGUGCAUUUGGGGAUAAAUAAGUAUUGCAUUUUUGCAUCUAAUCCUUUCAGAUCACCAUGAGUUUGAAAAAAGUCACCUUUACAGUUUCUAAUGCUUUUUUAGUUGUGCUUACUGAAGCUCAUGAGGCAGUUGCUUUCUGUGGAAGUCAUAGUUCAUGUAAUCUCAGUUCAUCUAGCACCAUGAUUCUCAUCAUGAGGCAUGGAAAAGAACAGUGUGUUUUGGGUUGUCGUAUUGACAUUAAACAUAGCUAGGCUGGAGUGAGGGGCCAGGAAUACUGCAUGUUCUUCAGUGUGUGAGAUACUACCACAACUAAACGUUACCUUGUUAUUAAUCACCUCAGCUGCAAUGAUAGGCUGAGAUCAGAGUACCAUGGUCAGGUUCUUGUAAUAACCUUUCUUUAUAGUUGAGGCUGCAGAUGUGAUAGCUAAACACGGUUAUACCUGUGAGGAAAGUGGUUACUAAUCUCUUUUCAUGUAAACUAGAGAGAAUGCAUUGAAGUUGGCACCUCUAUUGCUAGUGUCACUCUCCUUUAAAGCACACCAUCUCUAUUGAAUUUGUGAACAGUUUAGAAACACUCUGCCUGCCAAGGCCAGGGAAGAAUUGGUCUUCUUGGAUGUGUUUUUAAUGUUCUUCAUAAAGGAGAGCCUGAAAAUGGUUUGUCAGUGGUUUUCAAAACCAAACUACUUUAACACUUAUUCCUAAGUACUGUUAAAGGAGUCAUGAAUUAUUUGGAUUUGUAUGUAUGUGUACUUUCUCGUAGGAAAACUUUAAAAAGACAAAAAUACCAUAAGAUAAAGAAUCAUAUGUCAGGAGUAUAUCCAGGGGUAGGUUAAUAAAGGUGUCUCAAGGUGGACUCUGCAGAAAUGUGUUAAUUGGUUGAUUCCUAAGUUCUAAAAUGUAUUUGAUGUUAAACUUACAGCUACUACAAUAAGUACUCAAAGGGCUGGGGAUGCAUUUGCCUAGCAUGUGCAAGGCCAUCAGUUCAAUCCCCUGCAUCACCACAACAUUAAAAGAAAAAAAAGAAAAGGAAAAAACACAAGGAAAAUGAUGUUUUUCUUCAGUUUGUGUUGUAUAUUUGUGUAUCUGAAAAAGACCCUUUUGCAAAAAUUAUUAAAGUCCAGUUUCUGACCUUUA